UGCUGCAGGCAUGUGUGGUUUGCAACCAAACACACAUAAAAAGCUUCAGAGAGCGCAGGCUUAUAAAUGAAGCUCAGUUACCCGUACAGAACUUAAAAACCCCGUUACAGUAGCUUAAGAAAGAGCCUCGCCCAAUAAAAUGAGACCAAACCUUGUCCCUUGGGGUUCAUCCACAUAGUCGCUGCCCCCCAUUCCCAACACACACACACAGAGACACUUUCAGACACCAGCACACAAACUUAGCAGAGUGCGACACACUGAGAGAGCAAAUCUAAAUGGUUGAGACAGAGGCUGAUCCCUGUCCCAUGCUUUUCAGUGUCUCAAGGGGCCAUUUUUGAGCUUUGUGGGUCUAGAGGGAAGGCGUUAUAAGGGUCAGAAAUAGUUGUGGUGGAGAUGAACAGUAGUGGGGGUGGUGGAGGAGGUGGCGGUGGGGGUGGUGGGGCUGGGAAUGGGGUGGGGACAGUAAUGGUGGGAGGGAUGAGGUCACCUUUUACAGCGUCACAAUGGCAGGAGCUGGAGCACCAAGCUUUGAUCUUCAAGUAUAUGAUGGCUGGUUUGCCUGUGCCACCUGAUCUUGUGCUCCCCAUUCAGAAAAGCUUCGAGUCCAUUUCUCAUAGGUUCUUCCACCAACCCACCAUGGGCUAUUGCUCCUUCUAUGGGAAGAAGGUGGAUCCGGAGCCAGGACGAUGCCGGAGGACUGAUGGCAAAAAGUGGAGGUGUUCCAAAGACGCGUACCCGGACUCCAAGUACUGUGAGCGCCACAUGCACCGUGGCCGCAACCGUUCAAGAAAGCCUGUGGAAUCGCAAACCAUGACACAGUCAUCAUCGUCUACUGUGACAUCACUGACUGUUACUGGAGGCAGCAGUGGAAAUGAGAGCUUCCAGAGCCUUCCGUUGAGUGCCUUUGGUAAUCCCCAAGGCGCCAGUUCUGGAACCAACCAAUCCCAAUAUCAUUUGGACUCUAUUCCGUUUGGAAUCCCAAACAAAGAUUACAGGUACCUUCAGGGACUUAAACCUGAGGUAGGUGAGCAUAGUUUCUUCUCUGAUGCAUCAGGCAGCAAUAGGAAUCUCCAGAUGGACUCACCGCUAGAUAACACAUGGCCUUUAAUGCCGUCCAGAGUUGCCUCAUUUCCUGGAUCAAAACCCAGUGACAAUUCCAUGUUACAGAAUGAUUUUCCCCAGCACUCUUUUUUGGGUAGUGAUUUUGCCUUGGGAGAACCUGUGAAACAGGAGGGUCAGUCUCUUCGACCUUUCUUUGAUGAAUGGCCUAAAACUAGGGAAUCUUGGUCUGGUCUUGAGGAUGAGAGAUCCAAUCAGACCUCCUUCUCCACAACUCAGCUCUCGAUAUCCAUUCCAAUGACAACCUCAGACUUCUCUGCAGCGAGUUCCCAGUCUCCACAUGAGAAUUGAGAGGAGGACGGUUUACAAUUUUCUGCAGCCGUACCAUGAAAGCCCAGACAACUUUUAGCAAGUUAAGUUGAGCAAUGCCCAAAAGACUCUUUUAAGUCUUUUCAUUUUCCUUGGUAGCUCUAUGGUUGUGGGUUUUCUGCAAGGCUGUUUGUGUACAACUGCAUUUGCAAGCUCAGGGUAUGAAUAAGAUAAAACUGGCCGGUAUGAACAUUGUGGUUGUGUUAAAUGAAAGAGGAACAAGUUUUUGGCUUUCCUUUGAUUGCUUCCUUCCCAAAUUCUUCUAAAUAACAUUAUUCAAUUUUCCUGGAA